AUAAGCGAGCCGCCCCGGCCGCCAUCUUCCCACGCCAGGUCCGCACCGCUUGCGCCGCCGCCGCUGCCGCCCCGAUAUGUCGGCCCCCGCCGCCCCCGCCGCGCCCCCCCCGGCCGCCGCCGAGGGCGGGGGCCCCCCCGCCCCUCCCCCCAACCUCACCAGCAACCGGCGGCUGCAGCAGACCCAGGCCCAAGUGGAUGAGGUGGUGGACAUCAUGCGGGUGAACGUGGACAAGGUGCUGGAGCGGGACCAGAAGCUGUCGGAGCUGGACGACCGGGCCGACGCGCUCCAGGCCGGCGCCUCCCAGUUCGAGACCAGCGCCGCCAAGCUCAAGCGCAAGUACUGGUGGAAGAACCUCAAGAUGAUGAUCAUCCUGGGGGUGAUAUGCGCCAUCGUCCUCAUCAUCAUCAUCGUGUACUUCAGCACCUAACGGGGGCUGCAGAGCCGAGCGCCCCCCCCCCCCCGCCGCUGUCACCCAUGGGACCCCCCCCCGCCGUGUCCCCCUCACCCCCAGGGGCCCCCCCAGCACCCAGGGUGCCCCCAGGACCCGUGGAGCCCCCCCAGCACCCAUCGCUGCCCCCCAGCACCCAAGGGUGCCCCCCAGCCCCACAGUGCCCCCCAGCACCCAUCGCUGCCCCCCAGCACCCAAGGGUGCCCCCAGGACCCGCGGUGCCCCCCAGCACCCAUCGCUGCCCCCCAGCACCCAAGGGUGCCCCCAGGACCCGUGGUGCCCCCCAGCACCCAUCGCUGCCCCUCAGCACCCAAGGGUGCCCCCCCCCAGCCCCACGGUGCCCCCCAGCACCCAUUGCUGCCCCCCAGCACCCAUGCAGCACCUAUAUCCCCCCCCCCCGCACCCCUGGGUGCCCCCCUCCCUGGCCGUCGUGCGUGUGUGGCUGUGCCUGGCUGUAAAUACCCCCCCCCCCCAAUUUUGUGGGUUCGGCGAUUUAUCCCCGGGGUUUUGGGGUGCCCCCCCCCGGGCCCCCCCCCCAGAACGGCCCCCCCACCUGCACCCCCAAAAAAGCCGCCCUGCACCCCAAAAAUGGCCCCGCUGCAGCUCCCCCACCUCGAAAUGGCACCCUGCACCCCAAAAUCCCACCCUGCACCCCCAUAUCCUGCUCUGCACCCCCGAAUGACACCCUGCACCCCAAAAUGGCACCCUGCACCCCAAAGAGCCCCAUUGCACCCCAAAAUCCCAGCUGCACCCCAAUAUCCCACCCUGCACCCCAAAAUCCCACCCUGCACCCCGAAAUCCAGCCCUGUACCCUAAAAGGACACCCUGCACCCCAAUAUCCCACCUUGCACCCCGAAAGGGCACCCUGCACCCCAAAAUCUCACCCUGCACCUCGAAAAUACCAGCCUGCACCCUGAAAUCCCACCCCGCACCCCCAAAUCGCCUCCCUGCACCCCAGAAUACGAAACUGCACCCCCAAAUCCCGACCUGCACCCCAAAAUACCCCUUCCGGACCCCCAUGUUCCCCAAAUCCCCCCCUGCACCCCCAAAUGCCCCAAAGAGCCCUGCUGCACCCCAAAAUCCACCCUCUGCACCCCAAUAUCCCUCCCGAACCCCCAAUUGUGCUCCCGGCACCCCAAAAUCCUUCUCGGCACCCCAAUAUCUCCCCUCAACCCCCAAACAUCCUAAUUGCACCCCAAAAAUCCCAGCUGAACCCCCAGAUAUCGCCACUGCACCCCAAAAAUCCCUCCUGCACCCCAAGAGCCUUCCCUGCACCCCCAAAUAGCCCCAUUGCACCCCAAAAUCCCUCCUGCACCCCAAAAAUCCCCUUGCACCCCCAAAUAGCCCCAUUGCAACCCCAAAUCCUUCCCUGCACCCCAAAAUAUCCCUCCUGCACCCCCAAAUAUCCUAAUUGCAUCCUCAAAAUCCCCCUGCACCCCAAUAUCCCUCCUGCACCCCCAAAAUCCUUCCCUGCUCCCCAAAAUCCCUGCUGCACCCCCAAAAAUCGCAGCUGCACCCCAAAAUCCCUCCCGUAGCCCCAAAUAUCCCUCCAGCACCCCAAUAUCCUCCCCUGCACCCCAAAUAUCCCCAUUGCACCCCAAAAUCCCUCCUGCACCCCCAAAAUAUCCCCUUUGCACCCCAAAAAUCCCCCUGCAGCCCCAGCCGCCACUGCCACCCCCCCCGGGUCAUUUUUGGGGUCCCCCCCCCGGGUUUUGGAGCCUUUUGGGGUUCCCACCCCCGAGCUGAGCACAAGGGGGGGUCCCCCAAAUUGGGGGGGGUCCCCCAAAACAGGGGGGGGCCCCCAAAAGCGGGGUUUCUCCCCCAAAACCGGGUCCCCAAAAGGAGCCAUCCCCCCCCCAUUUUUGGCCCCCCCCCGGAUUUAACCCUGGCACCCCCAAAUUUUGGGGGGGGUCCCCAAAAUCCUCAAACCCCCCAUUGCAUUCCAGGGGCCCCCCCAAACCCCCCAUUUUGGGGGAAAACACCCCAAUUUCGCCCCCCGAGACAUUCCAGCCCCCCCUUUUUUUUUGGGGUGCCCCCCCGGGGGGGGGCAGCACAGGAGAGGGGCCCCUGGGGGGGGACCCCCAAAUUGGGGAGGAAUCAGGAAAAUAAGGGGGGACCCCUAGAUUUUUUGGGGGGGGUUGAAGAUUUUGGGGGGAACCCUCAUUUUGGGGGAAAAUCGCAGGAUUUUGGGGAACCCCAAGAUUCAGGAAGUCGAUUUUGGGGGGACCCCGAUAUUUUGGGGGGGGGCCCCAAAUGGGGGGGGCAGAAGUAUCUGGAGGAGGCAGAAAUUUGGGGGGGCUCCCAAAAAAGUGGGGGGGGACCCCAAAAUUUGGGUCCAAAAACCCCAAAUUUGGGAUUUAGGGGGGUUGGGGGGGGCACGCCAAAUUGGGGGGAGAAGCUGCAAUUUGAGGGAAAACCCUGAAAUUCUGGGCGAAGCCCCCCCAAAAAGGGGCCCCCCGAAAUAUGAAGGAACCCGAAAUCCCCCCAAUUUGAGGUGCCCCCCCCAAGAACAAAAAAUGGGGGGAAAAAAAAAGGCAGAAAUUUGGGGAGGAAAACCUGAUAUUUGGGCAAAACUCCUAAAUUUUGGGGGUGAGGGGGUCCAAAUGCUGGGGGGGACCCCAAAAAUGAGGUGCCCCCACCUAAAAAAUGGGGGAUUGAUUAAAAAAUGGGGGGAAAUUUGGUAAAAAUGGGGGAAAUCUGGUAAAAGCGGGGGAAAAUCUGGUAAAAACGGAGGAAUUUGGGAAAAUUGGGGGGCCCCGAAAUAGAUUUUUUUUUGGACGAGGCAUUGAAAGGUUUUUGGGGGGGGGACCCCAAAUUUGGGGGGUUUAUGGGGGAUUCCCUUAAGGGGGGGGGUCUCCAAAGUGAGGGGGGCCCCCAAAAGGAGGGGGAACCCCAUAAACGAGAGGAAUCACCCCAAAAAGAGGGGGGACCCCAAUUUCUCUGGGGGGUGCCCCAAAACCGAGGGGAAUCACCCCAAAAGAGGGGGGGCCCAAAAAGAGGAGGAAUCCCCAAAAGGGUGUUUCCCCCCCCCAGAAAAAAGAGGUAGGGAGCCCCAAAAAUGUGGGGAAUCACCCCAAAAAUGGGGGGGAUGCCAAAAAGAGAGGGGGGAGUCCCAAAAAGAGGGGAAUUGGCCCUAAAAUGGAGGGACCGCCCAAAAAGAGGGGGGACGCCCCCAAAAAGGGUUAUUUCCCCCCCAAAAAAAGAGGUAGGGAGCCCCAAAAAGAGGGGAAUCAGCCCCAAAAGGAGAGGGAACUCCCAAAAAAGGGUGAUUUUCCCCCGAAACGAGGUAGAGCGAUGCUGAAAAAGAGGGGAAUCACCCCAAAAAGAGGGGAAUCAGCCCCAAAAGAAGGGAAGACCUCAAAAUGAGGGAAAUCACCCCAAAAUGAGGGGGGACCCCCAAAAAAGGGUGAUUUUCCCCCAAAAUGAGGAGGGACCCCCCAAAAUGGGUGAUUUUGCCCCGAAACGAGGUAGAGAGAUGCUGAGAAAGAGGGAAAUCACCCCAAAAUGAGGGGAAUCACCCCCAAAUGAGGAGGGAUCCCCAAAAAGGGUGAUUUUUGCCCCGAAACGAGGUAGAGAGACGCUGAAAAAGAGGGAAAUCAUCCCAAAAGGAGGGGAGAACCCCCCAAAAGAGGGAAAUCACCCCAAAAUGAGGGGAAUCACCCCAAAAGGAGCCCCCUCCAAAAAAGGGUGAUUUCACCCCAAAAUGAGGGGGACCCCCAAAAAUGGGUGAUUUUGCCCCAAAACGAGGUAGAGAGAUGCUGAGAAAGAGGGAAAUCACCCCAAAAUGAGGGAAAUCACCCCAAAAUGUGGGGGACCCCCCAGAAAAGGGUGAUUUUGCCCCAAAAUGAGGGGGGACCCCCCAAAAUGGGUGAUUUUUUCCCCGAAACGAGGUAGAGAGACACUGAAAAAGAGGGGAAUCACCCCAAAAUGAGGGAAAUCAUCCCAAAAGGAAGGGAAGACCCUAAAAUGAGGGAAAUCACCCCAAAAUGAGGCAGACCCCAGAAAAGGGUGAUUUUGCCCCAAGAUGAGGUAGAGAGAUGCUGAAAAAGAGGGAAAUCACCCCAAAAUGAGGGGGGACCCCCCAAAAAAGGGUGAUUUCACCCGAAAACGAGCUAGAGAGGCACCAAAAAAGAGGAGAAUCACCCCAAAAUGAGGGGGGGACCCCAAAAAGGGUGAUUUUGCCCCAAAACGAGGUAGAGAGACGCUGAAAAAGAGGGAAAUCACCCCAAAAUGAGGGGAAUCACCCCAAAAUGCGGAGGACCCCAGAAAAAGGUGAUUUCACCCCAAGACGAGGUAGAGAGACGCCGAAAAAGAGGGAAAUCACCCCAAAAUGAGGGAAAUCAACCCAAAAUGAGGGGGAACCCCCAAAAAAGGGUGAUUUCACCCAAAAACGAGCUAGAGAGGCACCAAAAAAGAGGAGAAUCACCCCAAAAUGAGGGGGGGACCCCAAAAAAAGGGUGAUUUCACCCCAAAACGAGGUAGAGAGACGCUGAAAAAGGAGAAUCACCCCAAAAUGAGGGGGGGACCCCAAAAAAGGGUGAUUUCACCCCAAAACGAGGUAGAGAGACGCUGAAAAAGAGGGAAAUCACCCCAAAAUGAGGGGGGAGAUCCCCAAAAAGAGGGAAAUCACCCCAAAAUGAAGGGGACCCCCCCAAAUUUCCCCCUUUUUGGGGGGGGUCAGUUUUGGGGGGCCCCUGCCUGGAGCCGUGUGUGUGCGUGUGCCUGUUUCGGGGGGACACCGGAAAACCCCCAUUUCCCCCCUUUUUUCCCCCAAAAUUCCCAGCCGGAGUGGACCGAGACCCCCCUGGGGGGGGGGGGGGCGAAGACGUCGCUGGAGCCAAAACUGGGGGGUUUCACCCCCAAAAACGCCGCAUUUUGGGGAGCUUUUUUGGGGGCCCCCCUUAUCAAAAAUGUUACUUUUGGGGGGCAGAUUUUGGGGCGGAGUCCCCAAAACUGGGGGGUUUCGCGGGGGCUCCCCCCCCUCACCCUGGGGGGGGGGGGUUGGGGGGGUCCCCAAAUUUGGGGGGGCCCCCGGGGGGGCCCCGAGUCCUGGUGUGAAACGUGUAGAAUAAAAAAACCGCCGUGUCCCGUGA